CUUAUGGGCAAGAGUAACGAGUCUGGGGAGCUGGUGGCCAUCAAAAGGAUGAAGAGAAAGUUCUAUUCUUUGGACGAAUGUAUGAACUUGAGAGAAGUUAAGUCUCUGAAGAAACUUAAUCAUGCCAAUGUGAUUAAACUGAAAGAAGUUAUCAGAGAAAAUGACCAUCUUUAUUUUAUAUUUGAAUAUAUGAAAGAAAACCUCAAUCAAUUAAUGAAAGACGGGUCCGUGUUUCCAGCCGACAGGACGGGGCUGUUCUCGGCACAAGCACGUGUGUCCAGCCUCGCCUCCGCCUCCGAGUGAGCAGAAGCCGCAGCCCCAUCCCUGCUGCGGCCGCGGAGCCGCGGUCCCGAGUGCGCUGCGGCUCAAAGACCGUCACCUGCGCCAAAGCCUGCGUCACACAAUCGUAAUGUUUGUAUGACCGUGUGAAACGUGUGCAGCUGCUUCCACGCCUGUAGCUGUGGCUGAUCAUGGGACCAAAUCCCAAGUUUCGUUAUGCAUUGUCUAGUACAGCUUUGCGUACAGUCGACAGCAGCUGUUCCACCACCGUACAAGCAGAAAUGGAGAACACUUCAACUCGUUGUAUUCUUAUAUUUCACUUCAAAACUUGGGUCCCCCCAAAAUGCCCUAUAUAUUGGAACCGAAAUGUGUGUUCUAUUUAUAUUUUUCUUGUCUCAUGUUUUUUCCUCCCCAAGUUAGCUCACUGCAGCCUGAGGCUUUGGAACCCAAAUACGUGAGGCUGUGGGUACUGCUCAAAGUAGCUCCUGGGGAAGGGAAUUAGGCUGGAAAUCAUCCAAGUCUUGCUGCUCUCCACACUUCUGCUUGUUCUACUUCUAACCCAGGGUCGUCUGGGAAGAUUCCUCAUUUCCUGCACAAGAAUUUCCAGCAACCUGAGGACUCACCAAAGUGACCUGCUGGCCUCUGAGGAGAGGAGAUUUAUUGAGGGUCUCAGGGGAGGCGACCUGACCUCUCAAGUAGGAUGGAGCUGAGCCCAGGGCAGAGGUAAAGCCGGGAGUGUUCUGAAGCCAGAGCCCCGUCAAGCUCUUGGAGACUGAGCUGAGGCUGGGUGGGUGAGACUGACCACCCAGGCCCCACAUGGUGAUGGUACUCUGUAUGGGGCAGGUGUAGCUUGACUCUCACCUGUCCUGGGAAUGCAGCUGGGUGUCUGGACCCCGCAGUCUGGCCCUUUGAAUACCCUCGGCACCCAGGAAGAAACUGGGGGACCUCUUAUGCCUGGGAGGGAGCUCAAUGAGCUUUCAUAUCAACUACUUCCCUUAUCUCAGCACUCAAGAUGGAAGCACUCAAGUGCACAAUUAAAAAAAAAUGUUUUAAAUGAAUAUUUUUUAUUUUAACAAUAUUGCCAAAAUAUGCCUCAACCUAGUACCUUUAAUGUAAUAACUGUUUACAUUUGGUUAAGACAGUCUAAUUUGUUUUUAUAAAUAUAUUUGGAUAUUUAAAA